UUAGAAAAUGCAAACCAUUUCUUAAGUGUUUCUGUAUGUUCACAAAUGGAUCUAAAUUAUUGAAUACUGAUGGAACUGAAGGGCAGUUGCUGUGUAUACACGGGAUUAGAUUUUUGAGUAUGACAUGGGUCAUACUAGGCCACACUUAUGCAUCUUGUUUCACUUUUAUAAUGGAUUUCUUCUCGCUUACCUUUUCCUUCAAGAAUUCAGCAAAAGGAAAGGAAAAAUAUCUUGGGUUUAUUUUUAUAUCCACAGGUACAUAAGACUUACACCUGUGUACAUGAUAACGUUGGCAUUUUCUGCUACGGUUUCCUUUUAUCUGAGCUCUGGUCCAGUUUCUCCAGAUAAAGAUAUAGAACCAAGCUGCAAAAAUAAUUGGUGGUGGAAUUUACUUUAUAUAAACAAUUUUCUAAAAUCAACAGAUCAAUGCAUGAUAUGGACCUGGUAUUUGGCCAACGAUAUGCAAUUCUUCAUCAUCAGCCCUUUAUUUUUGUAUUCUUUGUGGAGGUGGCCGAAAAUUGGUUAUUCGCUUAUUGCACUGUUUUUGUGUGGCACAUGUUUAGCAAAUUUCUUCAUCACUUACCACUAUGAAUUAAUUACUGGAAUCGACGCAGUCCUUUCUAUGGAUUUCGCUAAAGCUCAAGAUUUUAUGGCUAAAUUUGCUGAUUACUUUGACAAACUGUAUACUAAACCAUAUACUAGAAUAGGUCCAUAUCUGAUUGGAAUAUUUUUGGGAUAUUUCUUAUUUAAAUCCAAUAAGAAUAACAGAGGCAAAGACAACUGGAUCAUCUUAAGUUGUGGAUGGGUAGUAGCUUCAACUCUUACGUUAACUGCUGUAUACGGCUUGUACAAGACAAAUCCAUCAGUAUUGGCAGCUAGUUUCUACAAUGCUUUUAAUCGAAUAUGCUUUGCUAUAGGAUUAUCUUGGGUUAUUUAUGUUUGCCUUACAAAACAAGCAGCUGUUGUUGAUGGUAUUCUUUCAUACAAGCUUUUCAUACCGCUGAGCAGAUUGACAUAUUGCGCUUAUCUUAUUCAUCCUGUGAUUCAGGGUUUUUAUUUUUCAUCGCUCCGAAGUCUUCUGACUUUCUCCCAUACAACCAUGACCCUUUACUUUUUGGGAUUCUUAGUUCAAACAUAUGGACUAGCUCUGCCUGUAUCUCUGAUAUUCGAAUCUCCAAUCAUUUGUUUAGAAAAAUUAAUACGGAAGAAAUUUCAAAAUCAAGAAGCAAAACUCUAGCGUAGCCAAUGCUUAAGUAUUAUUUUAAAAUUUGACGAUUUACGAACUAGUAUUUAUGUUUCGUAAAAAGCUGUCCACACUUUACACAUUAUGUAUGUUUUAAAAAUGUUUGUGAUACUCGUUUUUAAUACAUUUAUUUUAGUGCAACUGUGUCUACAUUUUUUCUGUGUACCGAAGAUUUUAUGCUAAAACUUUCAAACAAAUAAUUUACUGAAUAUGAUAAAAUGUUUCGUAUAAAUUUCCCUCACAUUCAUUUAAAAAUGUUAACACAUUCUUAUAUGAGUAUAAUAUUAGAUUUUCUUUUUGUACUCUUAAAGACAUACGAAAUACUUAAAUUUUUAAUGAAAUACUUCAUUUUCUAAGUAUAUCGGUUUCUUUUUAUAUAAAAAUACUUCAUUUUUUAAUGAAAAUGUGAUGCGAUGAAGGCUAUUUAAAUACAGUAAAUUUCCUCUUAACCGGCCUAAAUGGGACCAGUUUUAAACCGGUUAAAUGAAAUUCCUGUUAAAGCGGAGAAUGAAAAAAAUUAUUUAAUUGGUGAAAACGCGUUUUUUUAUAGUUACAGUAAGUAUUUAAUUAAAUGUAUUAAUUUAUUACAGAAGUUUUAUAUACCAUUAGUAAAUAUGUUAAAAAAAAUUCAGUUUUUUUUUUUUUUUUCCUUUUUUUUCCUUCCUCAAAGGCUGGAUAUUCGGCGAUACCUUGCAUAAUUUCACCAUUUUCUUGAAAGCAUCACAUCAACAGAGUCAGCUGAUGGCCCGUAGUUUCACACAACAUAAAGCAAUUUCCAAUGCUUUCUCUCCGUCUGUAUGUGAUAUAUCGGAGGUUCAAAAUUUCAAAUCCCAAUAUGUUCGAAUACUAUAGGGAAAUGUUUGAGAGCAGGGGCGUAGUUAGAGUUUGCAGCCCCCGGGGACAACUGAAGAAUUUGCGCCUCUUUCUGUGUGCCAAGAAUGGAAAACAUUUCAUUAAAAAAUUUCGUAGCAUCGAUUUGGCGCCCUUUGGAUGCUGCGCCCGGGGACAGAUGUCCCCCCUUGCCCCACCCUAGCUACGCCACUGUUUGAGAGGUUUCAUCAUUUCUCCUUCAUUUGCCCUCUUUCCCUGCAACCAACUUUAUUGUAGCCAUCUCACUAGUCGCCAUUCUUCAUAUCGCGAUUCGUGCGCCCUUUAUGCCUUUUAUGCCUUCUAAAGAACCUUGCCCUUUUCCUUUCAAGUUUCAACACGUGUCGCCUCUAUUAUUGAACUACAUGCUAAGUCAACACCAAAGAAUGUCUAUUCGUAUUAUAUUCUUUGUCAACACCAUAUCAUUUUCAGUUUUGGGUAAUGUUUUCGCUUAUUUUUUUUAUUUUCGUACUUAAAUUAAUUAUGGUUGGUUAAAGCGAAAAUCUGGUUAAACGGAAGCCGGCUAAGAAGGAAUCUAUUACUGUAAAAAAGCAUAUUCUUAAACAUUUAGUAAAGUUUCUGUUAAUACGGUUCCCCCUUAUUAAGAGGGAGGAAUAUGUGUAUAGUAAAUAAAUAAAAUAAUAUUAAUAAAAACAAGAACUGUAUGAACUCAAAAUAUUUGACAACAUUAAAUUAAACUAGAUUUUAUACAUUCACGUAACAUCAGAUCACGAUAAUUGGCUUUUUUUUCAAUUACUAAUAGUGUUUGCAUACUUUGUUAAUAAAAAACAUUAAUUAAAGCUCCUUAUAAAACGCUUAAUUAAAUUUAAUUAAUCUUGAUACUUAAUUAUACUUUAUUAAAAGUAUAAUUAAGUAUCAAGUGUUUCUGUUUUUUCCCAUAUUGAUAUUUUGUAACUUAGUCUUUUAACUCACAGCAACUUGUCUUUGGAAAUCUAACGAUUCAUUACAAUUGCUUACGUUACGUAGUUUUAUAAAAUGCCCCUUGGGUAUAUUAAAUAUGAUUCCAGAGUUCCAUAAUUAAUGUAAUUAUGCAUAAUUUAAAUACAUAUUACCUUAAACAUAUUUAUUUAAUGUCUGGGCACCAGGUGCUAAUUUGAUGUUUUAAAUUAAGAAAACAACUGUUACCUUCAUUUGAACAUUUUUAAAAAUAAUAUUGUACUAAAUUUAUACACAAAACUGGAAAUCAUAUAUCUUUGAUUUGUUCAAAAUGUUUUGUGUAAAACGACGGAGAACCUUUUUUCCUUAUUCUUGUUUAAAAAAAGAAUGUUGAUUAAAUAGUUCUUACUGUGCUUAUCAAUAAACUUUGUACAUUAUAACUUAAUUUGCUUUAUAUUAAUGUAAAAUAAAGAACUGAGUUUGUUAAAUAAAUUGCUUCAAGAUAAGUUCUAUUAUCUUUUAUCACUGAUUUCUUUGAAUUCUUUACUUUAGACGAGGAAUUUUGAAUGUUAAACAUACUGUUAAUUCUUGAGGAAAGUUGUUUUUUAAUUGUACUCACUUUUGAUGACUAUCACCUUCACUUGAACAUUUAUGAAAAUAAUGUUGCACUAAAUUUAUACCCAAAACUGGAAAUCACGUAUCGGAUUGAUAAGAAAUGCUUUCUGUAAAACAGAAGCUUUUUUUUCCUUAGUCUUGUUUCAUAAUAUUAUUUUUUAUAGAAGAAAAUAUUUUAUUUUCUUGCUAUGUUUUUCAAUAAACUUUGUAAACUUAAUUUCAGUUUGUCUUAUAUUAAUGUCCUAUGUAAAGAAUUGUGUUUCUUAAAUAAAUUAUUUCAA